UAUAGAGAUGGAACGAAGACCAAGGUAAUGAUAGAUAUUCUGCAUCUAUGAUGUGGCCUGGUGCAAUUUUUCCUUAUCAAGGUAAAAACAUAACACACAGACAAGCAUUUGAUCCCAAUAUGGACUGGUUUCAAAGAGUUGAUAUGAUUCUUACUUGGUUAACAAACGCCGACAAGCCUGCUAAUCUGGUUAUGUUUUAUGUUGAAGAACCUGACACUCACGGUCACGCCUUUGGACCUAACGCACCUCAGAUCAAAGAAUUGCUACAGAAAUUGGACAACUUAACUGCUUAUUUAGAGGACCAAUUGGAAAAAUACAAGUUAGCUGAUAGAACGAACGUGAUUCAUAUGAGUGACCAUGGUUUAGUGGGUGUGACUCCUCCCUAUUUCAUAAAUAUGACUCAGUACAUGAAAGAUGGAACUUACGAUAUGGCUGGAGCUAGUCCAUGUUUACAAAUUUACCCUAAGGAAGGUCAUGAACAAGAAAUUUAUGACGCUUUAAAAGCUGGUUCUUUAAAAAACGGACACUUCAAAGUCUAUCAAAAGAAGAAUUAUCCAAAACAGUGGCACUACAAGAAAUGUUCACGAUCUCCGCCCAUUCUGGUAAUGGCCGAUGUGGGUUACGCUUUAGACGAUUUAAUUAAAAGUGCACCGGAGUAUGCUGAGAAAUUUAAUUUUACACUAACAAAUAGCUCAGAAUUCGGCGUCCACGGGUACGACUACAACGUAAGCGACAUGCACCCAUUUUUUAUGGCCAGGGGACCAAAAAUCAAGAAACAGCACAAAGUAGCUCCGUUCCACACCGUAGAUCUUUUUAACCUUUUCACGCAAAUCCUCGAAAUACCUCCAUUGCCCAACAACGGAUCGAUGGGCAAUAUUGUAGAUAUCCUCAAUGACAAACCAGGAAGAUAUAGUAUCGGAUCUAUCUUGAUGGUUACUGGUAAGUAA